CGAUUGUGUAGUGUUUUAGAGCGUUUGUCAAAUUUAAGAAACUUUUAUGAAAGUGAAGUUCCUUUUCCAAUUAUGUCCAUUUUUAAUGAAUUGCUACCAAAAAUCUGUGAAAUAUCGAAUGCUUUCACAAAGAACUUCAAUGAUGACCUUAAGGCCGCGUUCUUGUGUUUUGAUAAGUUUGAAGAGGAGUUUCAAAAUGGUAAAGCCGGAAUGCGGGAUAAGUCCCAAAAGGAUAAACACGCUAUGACAACCUUACAAAGUAUUAAUGAAGACGAUGAUGAGUCAGCCAAAACAUCCGAAGAAUCAGGCAAUGGUAGCGUCAAAUCAAACAACGAUCGUACGUCAACUGAGAGUACAGAACGUAGAGGCUCAAAGAAACGUAGCAAAAAUGAAGUCGAUGGUAUGGAAAGCCCUGAGCAAGACAAACGACAGAAGAGAAAUGCUUCCGUUAAAGCACAGAGCAUUAUCAGUAAACAGGUGAACGUAAACUUAAAUCAAAAACUUCGUCGUGAAAAUUCAAUGGAUAAAUCUGGUCGAAGCAAACGUCGUGGGAAAGAGGAUGAUAAGGAAAAUACUGAACCAAUUCCUGUAGUGCAAGUAAAGCAAGAGAAAAUAUCUCUACCGCCGGAGCCUAUGGACAUGGAAAGUCUGCCGUUGAAUGUUGAAGUUAAACAAGAAUCAGAUAAAGAUGAGAUGGCAAUGCCACCCCCCAUGGCUCCUGUGCCCAAACCUCGUAAAAUGCUUCAUAAGGAGAAAACUGAGGAAAUUGCAGAACCGGAAGAGACUGGUCGACGUCGAACUACGAGGACAAGGAAACAGACAGACACACAGCCCGCACCUUAUGUCGUGUCGAACAGAUCUACCAGAGCCAGUGCUAGAGCAACAACAAAACAAACAGACAGCGAAGAUUCUCAGCCCGCUGAAACUAGACCGAAGCGUACUAGAGCUAAAAAGGCAGCAGAGCCGACAGUGAGUGACAAAGACAACCAAACUGCAACGGUAACUGAAGCAGCUUCGCCAGCUGAAAAACAAAGACCGAAACGGACUCGAAGAGCUCAAAAAGCGGCUGAAAAAGAAAAAGAAAUGGAAAAAGUUGAACAAACACAGGAAACAUUAGUUAUAUCUCCGAAAGAAGAGAGAAUAUCGGUACCAGAGGUCCAUUCACCGGUACUUAUCAUUAAGAAAAAUGAUACGAAAUCUAAAACAGACACUAAAACAAUUCAAAAUAAAGUAAAAGAAAAUGAUACAGAUGAAGGAAAAGAUAAAGAUGGGUGUAAUACGGAUUUGGAUAAAACAAAGGUGAUAUGUCUGACGACAAAUUCAACGGAAAUAUCGAAUGAUAUGGAUAAAACUGUUGUUUUACCCAACGGAUUGUACAACCACGCUCCGAUUACGCCUAAAAACAUUCGUCAAAUGAAUGAAACAGUUGUAUUAGAGACGUGCAACCAGACAGUAGUUUUGGACAAACCACAAACAAAUGCUAUAAUGGAUGCUACAGUUGUAAUCGAUAAAGAUCCAAAAACAGCAAAUAUAACACAAGACAAUUCUCUAUUGACCGAUGACAACGAUAGCAUCGAACACACUCCUACCUCGAAUCCUUCGCCACCACAACCCACGUCAGCUGUUAAAGCAAAAGUCCAGCAGUUCGAAGAAAUGGCCACUAGAGUGACCAGAACUAAAACAAGAGCAAUGGCUAAAAAGGAGGAAAGUUCCGAACAAACACCCCCAGACAAAGUGUCCAAAGCAAUACUCUCCGCUGAAACAUUGAGUAAGAUGAACUGCAUGAUCUUCAAUGGAAAAGCACCACAAGUAUCAAGCUCAGCUACUAAGGCACGAGUGAUCCCUGGAAAAUCCUUUAUACCAUCAUCCACUUCUAAACUGAGCGCUAUCAAUAAAGCCAGAGAGGCAGAAGAGAAUCAGAAGAUGGAGAAAGAAGACCCCAGAAGUAAGAAGGAAGCUCUUCUAGAGGCUAAGAGAGAGUUGCAGAAAAAGAGGCGAGAAGAAAAGAUGGCGGCCGCUGCGGCUGCGCGUAGCGCUGCGGAGAGAGAGAGGAAAGCGUUGUUGGAGGCGGCGGCGAAGGAGCGGCGGGAGAAGCAGGCGCACGCCGACCUCGGCAAGCUGGAGCGGCUGCGGGAGGCCGAGCGGAAAAAACAGGAGCUAGCCCGUAAAGUAGCGGAAACGGAAGAGAGGCGGAAAGCUGAAGAGCAAGCGAGACAACAGAGACUCGCAGACGAGCAGAAGAGAGCAGAGGCUGCGAGGAAGAAGCAGUUGGAGGAGGCAGAGGCUAUGAAGAAGGAAGCAGCUUUAAUGGCAAAGGAAAUCGAGAGGAGACAAAAGGAGUUUAUGGAGAGACAGAAAAUGAAACAGAGGAUUGAUGGAGAUAAGAUUUUGACACCGUUGAAAAAUGUACCUGCCCCUGAGCCAGUAUACAUGAUGGAUGGGUUCCAGUAUUUAAAUUCCGAUGAAGAUGAAGAACCUCCAGAACGACCGAUACCUGCAUGGUCUACUUCUAAGGCGCGCCGCCAGCAGCUGGUGGUGCAGGCGCGCGUGCCCCCGCGCCUCGUGGACCGGCUGUUCUCCGUGCGCGCGCACUCGCCCGACCUGCGCGAGAUCUUCCCCGACAUCGAGCGCGCGCGCCUCAAGCGCACCUCCUCCGCCGUGUGGCGCACGCCGCCGCGCCUGCCGCCCGUGCGCGAGUGA